UUUAAGAAACUAAAAGAUCUGCGAAAGGACAGUUCCAAGAUUGCCAGUCUACAGUCAACAUCGCAGUCAGUUACUCUUGUUAGACAACUACAGUCAAUCGCAGUCAGUUGCCCUUGUUAGUCAAAACAAAUCUAGGAAAAUACAGCCGAAAUGUCUAAACCCAUGAGACGUAAACACGUGUUGCUGGAAGUGUUCCGCCACGGAUUUUCGACACCUUCAGAAGAUCAACGGAUUGUAAAAGUAUUGGCUAGCCGAGGUAAUAAUUUACACGAAGUUGAAGAUUCAGAUGGAAGCAGAUUUCUUGUCACCAUGCCGACAAAAUUUCGCAGAACUAUAUGGAUUUUAAGAGGAGGUUACAUCCUAAUCGAACCAAUACAAGAAGGUAAAAAAGUCAAAGGAAAAAUCGUGAGGAUACUUACCAACGAGCAGAUAACACACUUUAUACAAGAGAACGUGUGGCCCGAUGCAUUUCUUCAUGUAGACAAAAAUGAAAAGGAAAAUAACGAAGAUAUAUUUGUAAAUAGAAACAGACCUGCGAUUAAUAGUGAUACUAGCAGUUCCAGCGAUAGUGAAGAUUCGUCUGGUGAAGAGGAUAGUGCGCCUGAAUUUGGCAAGUAGAAAUAGACUAGUGAUUUAAAGUGAUAUUAGCAGUUCCGGCCAUAGUGACGAGUGUCUAGUGAAUAGGAUAUUGAGCCUGAAUGUGAUAGGCAGAAUUGGAGUUAUUUAAUUUAUGUAUAUA